CGUCGCACGGGAGAGUUGUGCACUCCCUCGCUCUGAGCCCCUUCCUGUUGUGGCCAGUGAAGAGGGAUAACUCUUGUCGAUCUUUCUCGUGAGAUAAUCUUUGAUUCGUCUACAAGUUAAUGUUGUAGUGGCAUACAGAGUUUUAUAGAUAGGGUGUUUUGUAAUUCGAAGUGAUUUGAAUAUGUGGUAAAUUGAAGAAUGUGUAACAGAUUACGUUAGUGCAACAGUGUCCAAUGUGAUUGUAUCAGUUUCUUUGAUUGAUCUGUAGUGCAAACCGAGGCCUUGACCUUGUGGUUCAAAUAACGAUGGUGUUGUGUAGGUGCGUGGCUUUGGUGGCCGCGUUGAUGGUGCAGGGAAGGUUAGGUGAGGCUACGGGUGGCGGCUAUCUCAAGAUGUUUGAGGCCCAGUACAACCCACCAGAUCCCUGCUACGACGAGUCGGGUGGGCUUCCCAAGAAGUGCAUUCCCGACUUUAUCAACGCGGCAUUCGGGCGGCCCGUGGAGACGUCGAGCACGUGCGGGACUCCUCCCUCGCGCUACUGUGUCACCACACAGGAGAAGGGCGAGGUGAACCGUCAGUGUGACGUGUGCGACGCCGGUGACCCUGCCCGAUCUCACCCGCCUCACUACCUCACCGAUCUCAACAACCCCAAUAAUCUAACCUGCUGGCACUCCGCCCCCGUCGACCCCCUCAAGCCCGACAACGUUACCCUCACACUCUCUCUGGGCAAGAAGUACGAGCUCACCUACAUCAGCCUCCAAUUCUGCGGCCAGAAACCUGACUCGCUCUCCAUCUUCAAGUCCAUGGAUUACGGACGGACCUGGAUCCCUUUCCAGUAUUACUCGUCUCAUUGUCGUAAAGUGUACGGGCGGCGGAGUCGCAUGGUUAUAGGUAAAGCCAACGAGCAGGAGGCUCUCUGCACCGACGCCCACCUGAGCCACAAUGACCCGCUAACAGGCUCUGCUUCAGCCAGGAUUGCCUUCAGCACGUUGGAGGGGCGACCUUCCGCUUACGACUUUGACGCGUCGCCCGUGCUGCAGGACUGGGUGACAGCCACCGACAUCAAAGUGGUGUUGAAUCGUCUUCACCCGGAGCUGGACGAAGCCACAGCCGACAACGAAAGCGUUGCCCAGGAGAGCUUCAGCUAUGCUGUAGCUGAUUUAGCUGUUGGCGGCCGGUGCAAGUGUAACGGCCACGCGUCCCGCUGCAUCCCUGACAAGACCUCGGGCGACCUGGUGUGUGACUGCGCCCAUAACACCGACGGACGCGAGUGUGAGAAGUGUAAACGCUUCCACUUUGAUCGUCCUUGGGGUCGAGCCACCGCCCGCGAGGCCAACGAGUGCGUAGUCUCCUCCCCGCCCCCGGUUAUCCGCACCACCAAACACUUUGUCCUUGCGGCUGAUGCUAUCUUGGGAGUGACACCUGCUACACAGUUUAUCACCCAUCCAUAG